AUGCACAGACUCUACGGAAGCAGGGGAUUCAGCCUCAGCCGUGAGCGAGGUCGCAAAUCCAGGCUGAGGCUCCGGCCCCGACGCACCCCUAAAGCGAGGCGACGCCCAAGGCGAGCACCCCAGGCCUGCUCUUCCCAACAGGUGGGAUCGGGAAGGAGACGCACAGCCGGACGCCAGGCGCACGCCAGGCCUAGAGCCGGACGAGCGGCUCAGGCCGCGGCCCGGUGCGGCCUGAGGCGGCGCAGGCCCUUCCCGUCCCGGCGCCUCCCCUGCCGCCUGCUUCAGGGCGCCCGUCCCAGCUACCUCACGAUGGAUGCUGCUCGGUGCCAUGAGCCGAAGCCUGGGCCAAGAUCGCCAAAGGUAGGCCUGCCAACGCCUCAGUCCACGCAGCUACCGCCGCCACCACCACCAGCGCCGCCGCCGCCGCCUCUUCGGGACUACACUGCGCAAGCGCCGGGUGUUCCAGUGGCUCAGCGGUCACGUGACGCGCACACCCUAGGCCCCGCCCCUUGUGGUCUCGGGCCACCAACUUGGCUUCGCGGAAGCUGGUUUCCCAAACCCGGUCGGCGCCAGUUGUGCUAG